AUGGGCGCCUUACAGUCCUUACCUGGUCAACAGGAGUACAUUGAUCUGGCGGAGAGGACGGGCUUUUCAUGUGAACAGAUCGGAGUCCUCCAUAAAAGAUUCAAGCAGUUGAGUCACAAUGAAGAAACUCUGCAGAGAGAUCACUUCAAUGAGAUCCCAGAUCUGGCAUGCAAUCCCAUCCGUUACGAGAUUAUAGGGGCCUUCUUUGACAGAAGAAACUUUCGGCAGAAUGGGGAGGGGACCGUUGAGGAGAUCAACUUUGAGGAGUUCCUGGUGGUCAUGUCCCACUUCAGGCCCCCUUCACUAAACAUGACGGAAGAGCAGCGUGAGAGUGUCAGGAGGGAGAAACUGAGAUUUUUGUUCAACAUGCAUGAUACAAACAACGAUGGAACAAUAACUCUCGAAGAAUACAGACAUGUUGUGGAGGAGCUGUUAUCUCGCAGUGGAGCACUGGGGAAGGAUACAGCCAAAAGCAUUGCUGAUGCAGCCAUGUUGGAGGUGGCCGGUAUUUCAAUGGGCCACAUGGAACCUGAUGAAUUCUAUGAAGGCAUCACAUUUGAGCAUUUCCUCAAGUUACUGAAUGGCUUCGAAAUUGAGUCGAAAAUGAGCAUUCGUUUUCUGAAUAUGGACACACCAACCCUAUGCAAGUGAUGUUGGUACACUGAACGAUGUAGCAACUUUGGGAAACUCUGAGGGUUAGGGUUACUAUAAUAAUGCUUUCACAGCAGCAAUAACUAUCUAUAGUUUCCUACUAGGGCCUGACUAAUACUAGAUUUUUGGGGCUGAUACUUAUAUCGAGGAGUAAAAAAAAUUCUAAUAUGGAUAUAUCAGCUGAUAAUCUUAUAUAUACA